CAGCCCGGAACAAGCUUUCUCCGACCCCCGAAGCUUCCCCGCCUAAAUUUUGGGCGAUCAUCAAAAAGUCUGUCCCUCAACUCUGGGUGAUGGUUUCUUGCACCCUCCACGUUCCCGAGCCACCUCCAAUCAUUGCUGGGCGGUGAAUGGACGCUUCGGCAUACCUCAAGAGACACGGCUGGCGAGGCGACGGCCACUCGCUCGAUCACACCAACCGCGGCAUCAAGAAACCGCUGCUCGUCAGCCAGAAGGUCGAUGUCCUGGGCCUGGGCAAAGACAAGCAUGGGCCGGUGUCCGAUCAGUGGUGGCUGCGCGCCUUCGAUCAAGGCUUGAAGAAUUUCGGCACGGGGCAACAGAGUGUGCUGGCCAGCGUCCAGCAGCACGGAAUCAACAGAGGCGGCUUGUACGGGCGCUUUGUGCAGGGCGAGAGAUUCGAGGGGAGCAUUGGGCACAGUGCGGAGAGCUCGGGGAUCUCGACUCCAAAGGAGAGACAGGACACUCCUCGCGAUAUGGCCAUCGACAUUCCUCCUCGAGAUGAGCUCACCGCCGUUCCGGAAAGCAUGGAGAAGCUGAAUCGCAAGCGCAAACGCACUGAGCGACCUGUGGAGAAACGAGCACGGCGCAAACUUGAACCGGAUGAGAAUGCAGUGCAAAUGGCAGAGGAGGAGCGAGCAGAAGCAAACGAGCAAGUGACACUCCCUCAAGAGAAGGCAAAGAAGGAGCGACCUCUACGAGACAUCGACGGCCAAGCCAAACAAUUCGUCGUCGAGGCAUUGAGGCGUGGCCUCAUUCCUGCCGGCCCCGGCGAUGUUCGCCAUGGCAUGGUCCUCACCGGCGCGAACGCGACUGCCAUGCGCACUGAGCCGCUCCCCGCCGGAAUGCAAGAAGUCUUCGAUCAAGUCGGCCUCCAUACGCCCAUGACACUUCCUGGUGGAUCGGGGAGUAAUGCUCUGAAGAAGCAGAAGAUCGCUCGGGAGAAGAUGAAGCGGGAGCUCAAGCGCGCGGCCAAGGCGUAUUUGAUGGGGGACAGGCCGCAACAACCCAAGGAGGAGCGCAAUAAACCGAAGAAGCCUCGAAAGUCCAGGAAGGAGUCUGAAAUUGCGCAGACGGAUGCGGAACGACAGGCCGAGAAGCAUGAACGUGCAGCGAAGAAGGAAGAGAGGAGACAGAAGAAGGCUACGGAGAAGGCUUGGAAAGCGUCACUGGCUGCGCAAGCCGCUUCAACCAAUGCUGUAGUGGCAAAUGGUGAUGCCGAAGAUCGUUCGGAAGGCUUUGUGAUCGACACUGAAGGCGACGAAAAUCUCACCAACCCACACACCCAGGCGAAAGUGCCGAGCGCCAACAGUAGACCUCUGGCCGGCCUCGAGCCCGCAGGUGACGAAAGCUACAUCUACAUCCCCGGAAGACCAGUCCCACUUGACCCGCGCAUCUGGGAAGGCAAAGUCGUCAAAGACCUGCCCAAAGCCGUGCGCAAAGCGCGCAGAGACUGGAUGGCAGCAAAGCGCGAGGCGAAAAAGGUGCGCGCCGGCCGCGCCCUUCCAGCGGCGCCCAAGGUUUCUCGUGGGCAACGCAAAAUCGAAGAGCGCGAAGCCCUGGCCAAACAAAUCUUGUUACAUUCUCGCCGGGAAACCCAGGGCGCGGGCGAUGGGUCCGGUAUGGUUGCCCUUGGCGGCGUGCAGGAUGUGCCGCUGGUGAAGGUCCAGUCUACUCUGGGUGGCUUUUCCAAGGAGGAAGUGGCCUUGGCCCGUGCGGUGGCGCGGCGAGUGUUGAAGAAUGUGAAGCGUGAGGAGCGUGCGAAGAAGGUUUCGAAAGACAAGGGCAAGGGGUAUAAGAAGCGGAAGCAGGCGUAGAAGGAAACAGGCAACGUGGUGGUCCGUCGGAAUUUGUAGCGUUGAGCUGCGAGCAAAGGAGUGCAUGCUCAGCGGCUGAAUAGAUAUAUCCGACCUCUUCUAGACGAUCAGAGUCCGUCUAUCUAUUGCUCAAUGCGUCCUGA